CUUGGUGCUAUUCUACAGUUAACACCGGCGACCUUUCUCAACACAAUCCGACCAUUGAACCCAUUCUAUUGACCAACGCGAUAAAAACACCCGCUUGGCAAACAUGCGCAUUUGUCCCUCGGCCUCACUGAUAUCGUCUUAUCGACGUUGUUGAGUCACUACAGGGAAGUAGCCGUAAAAUUGAGGGCAACUCCCCCCGUUUGCUCGUAAAUCACAAGCAGUAUCACGUCUCCUGGAGCGUCAACUUGACCAAGUCACCACAGAACCUCCUCAUCCAUUGCCUGGAGAAAUAUCUUGUUACAACAAUGACAGAACCAUCAUCAACGGCAGAAUGGUGGGUGAGCAACACGACUCUUACAACCGCCCUGCUACAAACAGAUCUGAUCAACACAACCACACAGGCGCCAACAACUGCGAGUACAGCGGACACCUGUACAUGUACGUGCAGCUCGGCGGACUGUUCCACCUACAUCAUCUGGGCCGUGACGGGCACGUUCUUGGGUACCAGCCUGCUCUGUGGUCUCAUCAUGGUACUCGUCUGGCGGUGCAAUCUCUGCCGAUUCCGCCAGGCGACGCUCGAGCGCGUCGAGGACCGGUACCGUGUCAGCAGCCUGGCGCUGCCGCCGCAUGAAUCACUCCGCAGGGUCUCGCACCGGUACGAAGGCGGGACCAGAUGGUACGCCGGGCCCGGAGACCCUCACGUUAACCUGGGGUUCCAGAGCGACGAGACGCCAGACGACUAUAUCUCCGGCGGCUCCCGGAUACAGAUGAUGGUUGAAAACGGUACACUGGAGAAUGGACACGGACACGAGCGUGCGCAUGCGCACACGUUCCAUCACUACCGGAAGAAAGACUCCAACGUGUCCAACAUCUACGAGAACCCGAUGUCUGUGAAGCGGGCGUCAGAAGCGCUCAGGGGGCGCUACGCCACGUUUCCCCGGGCAGAACAGCCUCAGCACAAACUAUCCACGGCGUCAGGUAUGUAUGAGAUGCCCAUAGACUGGCCGGGAGACGCUCCAGACGAUAGGAAGAUUUCUUCAGUAUCGUCUUACUACGAAUCUCCUGUACUCCAAGACAUGGAGGCGACAAGACAUGACAGGGACGUCUUGGGGCACGAAGAGUCAAGAAAGCAGUCUACCGUCUCGGGCGUGUACGAGAUGGUCGAACCGAUGUCUUCCAAGAGGUACCGCAGCAACCCGGACAUUGCGGGCAUACAGGAGGAAGAUGCGGACAUGGACCACCGGGAGGCGCGGCGCAAGUCGACGGUGUACGACGCGCCUAUGCCCGAAGUGCCGCCUCGGGAGGCCCGGCGUCCCACCCCGGUGCCAGAGCUGCCUCCGCGGCAGAAUAGCUUGUCAUCACCGAAUGUAGCAACGAUGGGGAGCAUUCCAGCACCACUACCUCGCGGAGAUAGGACACCAAAGGUACCGCCAAGAGAACCAAGGCAUCAUUCGAUGGCUGAGAGGCUGGCUGCGUCGGAACCAGACGGCUACGGUCGCGGGGAUUUGGAAGGUGAUCAGGACUUUGAGGACCGCGAACGGCGACGCAAGUCUACGGUGUACGAUGCACCCAUGCCCGAACUCCCUCCCACAGCGGCCCGGCAUGUUUCAACACCGGAGGCUGCGCACGAAAACUACGGAAGCAAACAUGAUGGUGACGACGAGUCAAUCUCAGAUGGUGAAGUGCCGCCUUGUCCAUUUGGCGAUGCACCUGUGCCUCCAAUCGGUGCAGUACCAGCGCGCCCAACAGGUGGCGCCCCGUCGCCGCCAAGCAGUGCAGUACCGUCGCCUCCCGCCAGGAGGCCACCAACAUUCCCAGAGGGUUUCCAGCCAGAGUUUUCAGAUGGUGUCGCACCACCGUUUCAAGAACAAUUCGCACCAGCGUUCCCAGAAGAUCUCCCACCAGCGUUCCCCGAAGAUCUCGCCCCAGUGCCCCAGAAGCGAGCGUCGCUCCCGGCCUACCUAACACGCGACCGCUUGGACUCCGUUGGUUCCAUGGACACCCUGGCGUCCGAACCGCUCUCCGAGCGCCAAACCCACUUCGAGAUGCGAAAGAUAGACUUCGACUUCAUCCCCGCUCCGGACUAUCCCGAAGAUGACGUCAUGCCGGCGCCGAACGAUGCGUCAGAUCGUGGACCAAUCAGGAGGCAGCAUGCGCACGGCAAAUCAUUGGAAAGCAGGGACGACGAUUAUUACCGAGGAUACGAUGACGAAACGAACGAUGAUGCAAAUGUAACGUACAUUUCUUAGACGUCCCAGCUUGUUACACGUUCUGGUAUAAACGUUAUGUUGUUGAUGUAUAAACUUGAUUUGACAAAGGACUUGAAUACGUACUUACUUUACUUUAUAUAGUCUGUAUCGAAAAGUGUACGGACCUUGGUAUUGAGUGUAUCACUCGAUUCAAGUCUAAAUGGGGUAGGGAAUUCCCCAGCAGGCUUUGUAACCCCUGCUUUUCCUAUUAGGUCAGUUAGUCCUCAGUCUUGGUGAGCAAUUGAGCUGGUCUCAAUCAUGAUCAUACACGUAGGGAGAUGAGAUGCUGUUAAAGUUACGAUGUAAGCCGUAACCUUGGAGUGGCCUUCGGGUCACACCUUGAAAUGACCUUCAGGUCUUGUUACGUGGUGACCAUUAAGUAAAAAGCAGAUCAACAAACCUUUUAAAUCAAAGACAAAGCAAUAAAUCAAAAGUUCGGAUGAGUGGUUGGACAUUAGCUUCCCUCUCUGUUGAUCUGAUUCCUGUUGCCCGAGAAACGAGUAUUUGCAUUCGAACUAGUCUUGUAGAAUUCCUGUGUUAUUACGGGAGGCACAGGGUUUAACUGUAUAAAUAACAAAACUCAUAAUGUGUAAUUUUUUCAAAAACACGUCAUUACGUCCUUCGUACCAGUUUGUCAUGUUCCAAUGGGCUGUAGAUGUUUGAUUCACACAGACGAAUUAACGACAGAUAAAUAUAUUGACUAUUUUUUAAUUUGGUAUUGAUAAAGCUAUAUGCUAUAUGUAUGUACAAGAUUUGUCUACUUAUUCUCUUGAUUUAUCUACAACAUAACAUAAGCUGCCAGUCUAACCCAAGCUAUCAUAGUAUUGCAAAUGAGAAAUUUGGCGACAGAAAAACUAGGAAGAGUGCAAAGUAUUUCAUAACAGCAAAAGCAUAUAAAAUAAAAUUAGAUACAGUAUAGACAAAAAUAUAUAUAUUUUCUUUGGUACCGAGGUGUCUUUGCACUUAUCUCCAAGCAGACGUAGAGAGGGAAAUCGCAACGUUUUCUCAGGCUAGCAGAGCACUAGAAACUUGAAAGUAGAAAUUUGACUUGACUUUAAGAAAGGCCCAAUGCUUGAGAUAGGUUACGAUUUUUGCCUUUUCUACAUCUACUUGAUAUUUCAUAUCGUCUCCCUUCCUAGAUCACGCCUCAUUCGGUCCCACUGGAUAAUCCUCUACGGGGGCACGGGGAUCAUAGAAUUUGGCAAAUAAAAAAAAGUCGGGAAAUUGGCCAGGGGAGUCAGUCCACGCUAUUAAAGGUUCUUUCCCCCUUGGUAGCCAGCGAAUGAAAGCUCGUGUAUGGGAAACAAAAGAGCAGAUGCAGGUUAGAAAUAUGUAGACAGAAAUAAUAGAACGUUGUCUCUCUUCGACUUGCAAUUGACUUUGUCCCUCCCUCGAUCACGCCUCAUUCGGACCCACGGUAUCCUCCUCCCCGGGGUCGGUGUAGUCCCGCCAGUGGCUCUUGAGCACGCCCCGCCCGUAACACAGAAUCAGCACCGCCGCCGCGACAC